GGUGUUUCUGGGAAGCGCCCCGUCCCCCUCCACCGAUGACCUGGGGGGGGUCCCUUCCCUCCCCCGGGGGGGGGGACACUUGCGCGGCUCUCCCUCCUGGCCCGGGCAGAGCCGGGGGACCCUGGGCAGGACCGAGCCGGGGGCUUUCCGGGAGGGGCUGCGGCGCUGGAGCCCGUCCUGGUCCGAGCCCGGCGGGCAGAGGGGCCGGCCCGGUGGCGGCACCUCGGCCAGAUUCCUUUUGCCAUAGAGGCGCAGUAUGUAGAGCGGCACUCCCAAGCAAGGCGGGGCCGUCUGACGCGGCGCCAGAUCCGAAGGCAGGCCGUCCAGCUUCGGGCAUGGCAUUGCUGUCCACCGUCCACCUGGGCCUUCCUCCUCCGGGUUGCCCACAUCGCCAGGCCCUCGUGGCCGGGCCCUACCGCCACUACCACUACGGCUGCGACGGUGUGGACGACCGAGGGUGGGGCUGCGGCUACCGUACCCUCCAGAUGAUGUGCUCCUGGCUGGUGGCAGCCGGGGGAGAAGCAGCCGCCGGCCAGCCGGUUCCAUCCCUGAAGGAGAUCCAGAAUUCCCUGGUGGAGAUGGGGGACAAGCCCCCCUCCUUCGCAGGCUCGCGGGAGUGGAUCGGCACCGUGGAAGCCGCACUCUGCCUCGAUUAUUUUUACGGCGUGCCAGGCAAGCUGCUCCACAUCCGCCUCGGCCGAGACCUGGAAGGGGAGCUGGAGACUUUGUAUGCUCACUUUCAGGAGGGUGGGGGGCCUGUGAUGAUGGGGGGAGGCCGGGACCACGUCUCCAAGGGGUUGUUGGGGGUCUGCUCUGGCCCCGAGGGACACCACCUGCUCACUCUGGAUCCACACUACUACGGCCCAGCAGGCUCGCUCAGCCGGCAGGAAGCCCACGCCCAGCGGUGGGUUUCGUGGCGGGCGCUCGGCUCCUUUGAGGAGGCCUCCUUUUACAAUCUCUGCUUGCCCCAGUUCAGGGCCAAAGGGCCCCCCACCCUCCCGUGAAAGAGGCAUUCCUGAAGCGAGGCACGGGACAUGGACCAGCAGUUUGAGCCCCUUCCAAGGGACUGGCUGUGGAUGGGCACCACCUGCUUGGCACGUGCUGUGGCAUCAAAGUAUGGGCAGCAGCUCCGGCAUCAUCCAGGAUGGGCUCCUGCCCCGGGGAGCCCUCCAGGGUUGCUGAAGCUCUUCAGCCAAGCUCUCUGGAGCUGCUGCUAGGCCUGGGGGGGGGGUUCCUGUUGCCCGGAAGACUGCGGGAUGGGCAGAUCAUUGCUGGGGCCAGGUUGAGCCCAGCCUUCCCUCCCUGACCAGCACUCCCAGCCAGCUCCGUUAAAGACCAGAGGACUAAAGUGGGUUUAUUUUAAUCUGACCGGCAUUUGAGGAGGGUUAGCACCACGUGGAGCUGGCUGGUUUGGCUGCUUGGUGGUUUAAUCGCUUUUUAGCGCAGAAGCUGUUCUCCCAGCGGGCCUCUCCCAAGACGAGAUUGGUCGCCAGAGCAGGGCUCUCUAAACCUGGCCACUUUUCAUUUUGUGGACUUCAACUCCCAGAAUUCCCCAGCUGUAGUGGAAAAACCACGAUACUUACAUCAGAAGACAAGACCACGAAGGGUUGGAGAAAACAGGUUUUAUUUGCGCAAAGGUUCA